AUGGACAUGCAACAGGACAAACAGCGCAAGAUGAGCAUGUUCUCUAUCGCCAAGACGAUAGGGCUCCCUGCGACCUUCGUAGAGCUACGGCAUCAAGCUACACACGAACAGCUUCCGUCUCUCACAAGGCUACGGUCUGCAGCGGACAAAGCGCUGGUGUGGAUCUGGGACCAUUACUGGCAGCACAUAGAAGCCCAGGGCCCCUUCCAGGAGACGCGAACUGAUGCCUGUUACGAAUCCAUGGUUCAAUUCCUGAAUGAGACUGACACCAAAGAUGGGGGCUCCUCCCUUGUAGGUGGCGAAGGUUUCCGGGAUCUAAUCAGCCGAUGGGGCAAGGUCCAGAUCUUGAAGACGCUCAUGGAGGUCCAAGAUCAGGCGGAGGAUGGACGGAUGUUACUGAAAGCUCUACAAGUGACGCGGUUGCUAAUGGAGGCCGACGAGGGUAAGCCGCGCGCUUGUCUCGCAGAUCUGAAGGAUCCAGAUGCGCCAAGUGUUCUGCGCAAGAUGCAUAUCCAAAGCAUUCCCAUGUGGACGGGGACCGGAGAUAACUACGCGUAUCUUGUUGUGGAUGAGAAGACCAAGGAUGCCGUGAUUAUCGAUCCCGCACAUCCACCCGAGGUUCUUCCAGUGCUAAAGAAGGCACUCGAGUCCGACGGGCUCAAUCUCAUCUCCAUCGUCAACACGCAUCACCACGGCGACCAUGCCGGAGGAAACUUGAGGAUACGCGAGGCUCUCGGGAAGCCGACCCUACCCAUCUGGGCGGGUAUCAAAUCUGAAGGCGUCACGUUUACCCCGGGGCACGAGGAGCAACUCAAGAUUGGAAGCAUCUCCGUAACGAGCCUUCACACGCCGUGUCACACUCAGGACAGCAUCUGCUGGUUCCUCGAGGAUGGCAAUCACCGCGCCGUCUUUUCGGGUGAUACGCUCUUCAUCGGCGGAUGUGGGAGGUUCUUUGAAGGCACACCUGCGGAGAUGCACGUGGCCCUCAACAAGACGCUUGCAGCGUUGCCUGAUGACACCCUCGUCUACCCUGGUCAUGAGUACACCAAGUCCAAUGUCAAGUUUGCCCUUUCGGGCAAGUUCACGAUUGGUGACGAAAAGAAACAUAAUGUGUUUAUGCGAGUAGAGGACCCGGAGAUUCAAAACGCGGUCGGACACGCAGAUCCCGUGCAAGUCAUGGCUAAGCUGAGGGAGAUGAAGAAUAGCUUCAACCCUGCGAAACAAACCCCCAAGAUGUAG